UGUUCUAUUCAGAAUGUGUAUUUAAUUUCUUGGUUAGCAUCAUUAACUUUCACUUGCUACUUUAGUGACUCGGUCUGGCACUGCCCAUUAUUCAGGUACAAGAUCUGUGUUGUAAGGCGCUCGGAAGAGCGUCUGCUAAAUGAACGUAAUGUCAUAAUACUGCUUGUCUUUUUUCAUAUAGACUAGCAGCAUGCCGCCGAAAUAAAUAAUUACACUAGUCUAUUAGAAUUCCAAUUGUGGUUCCAUUUCCAACAAUUAGUAUUAUUAGUAAGCGAUGUUUUUCGCCAGGACCCAUUACAAGGGAUAGCCUACAGGGGUAGGCUACUUUCCGUCCAAGAAACGAAAUUAUUUUGUCCGAGAAAAAUACCUACGCUAAAACAAACGACAGUUAUUGACCAGUCGUUCUAGAGUCAGUCCGUUUUCGCUUCAAAAGAAAAGGGUUUAUUACAAUUGCAGGCUUAUGUCGUAUUUCAGGUCGGACGGUCCGCCUCAUUGUACCCGUAGCGCGGAGAAAGAAGUUGCCAACAACACAGGUGUCCUCCGUGAAUGGGCGGGGACGAUAUCGCAUUGCUACCAGGUGUAUCAACCGGCAAGAAAACCAUUGUGAAGGGAUAGGUUGUCAAAAUGAAAAUGUGACGACUCGAGAUCUUUCUCGCUAAUACUAGGCUAUUUAGACUAGCUUCUUGAAAAUCACAUCCUUUCUCACUAGAAAACAACCGCUAACGUUAGCUAAAGUUAUCCGGUUUAAGAACGCACAUUGGGCGGCGUUUCACUCAUUCAGUCGAACCGGAUUAGGAUAGCAAACUAAAUUAUAUAUAGCCUAAGCUGUCUCCGGUCCGGCUUCGGGAGAAAGUCGUUUUCUUGGGUGGGGAACAUGGCUAGCUAUACUGUACUCAUCUAGCGAGGCUGCAAUACUGGAAACUGCAACUGGAGGCUUGCUGUUCACGUGUAGCUGAUGAAGUAGCGAAAAUACGGGUAGAUCCAGUAAUCCUCUGGCAGCUGUCUCCCAAGAAGGCCGUAUAUUGCUUGUUUUGGUUCUGAAGAUGGCUAGCUAGCUAGGCUAGCUUGUCAAAAGCGUCUGGAAGAAGACGGACUGGAACACAGUCAACCAUAUCAAUAAUUCGAUGACGAUGGACAAGCUGUUGGGCUUUGGAUUUUGUGAAGACAAAUGUUUAGCAACCGUGAAGGGACAAGAGCUCAGAGAUGGCAACAAGGAACCGAGGCUCCUGUCACUGAUCGAGCGAUCUGGAGACUACAUGUUGGGUGUUUUAGCCAAUCCUGAUGCUGUAGUGACGAGUCCAGUGCCUCAGUUGUCUAUACCCAUCAACAGCCAUUUCCACCUUGUGCGGGAGGCUGAGGAGGCACUACUCAUUGAUUUCCCCAUUAACUCUCCUUUGCGUGUGCGUGUGCAAGGCGAACGAUCCCCGGAGCUGCUGCUGGAGUUGCUGGACGAUGAGCGCAGUCGGGCUUUCUUUGCGCAGGUGAAGAAGGCCAAACAUCAAGCCGUGUCAAAAACACCCCCACCCAAAAGGAUGGUCCCUCUUGCCCCAGUACCCCAUUUGAAGCCAGUCCCUGCUGCCCCACAGAAGGUUGUCUCCAAACCAGCGGCCAUGGUGCUGCCCAGCACCAAACCCUCUGUGACUGCCCUGCCCAUCAACCCUAGCAACGGGACAGUCCCACUCAGCACAGCAGAUGCCCGAGAUCCAGCUCUGUCCCUGGCUAUGGACUUCGGCUUCGAGAACCAUUUCAACCACGCCCUGAAGGUGGAGGAGAAGAAGAACCAGCAGAACCGCAUCGUCGCUCCUCGUGGGGCUCCUCCACCGCCCCCGUUGCCCCCCCGAAAGCCGCCCCCCUGCGCCCCUCCUCCUGGGCUUCCCCCCAGGAACAGAGCACCGUCCCUGCCGAGCAGGGAUGGGCCUGUCAACACCCCCACCAGCAGAGAGCGCAUGACCUCUGCUGAACGCUCCACCACCAUGAGGCACGCCAUGUUCCCCCCUCAGUCCAGCCAGCGGGAGGGGCUCAUCAAACACCGCCUGGCCAAAAAGGAGAAGGAGUAUGUGGACAUACACAACUUCAGGUUCUUCACAGGGACGUGGAAUGUGAAUGGCCAGCCUCCUGAGGGCAGUCUGAGGCCUUGGCUUUGCUGUGACCCUGAGCCUCCAGACGUUUACGCUUUGGGGUUCCAGGAGCUGGACCUGAGCACUGAGGCCUUCUUCUACCUGGACUCAUCCAAAGAGCAGCUGUGGGUGGAGGCUGUGGAGAGGAACCUGCACUCUAAAGCCAAGUAUAGCCAUGUCCGCACCAUUCGCCUGGUGGGCAUGAUGCUGGUGGUGUUCGUCAACAGUGAGCACAGGAACCACAUCAAAGAGGUGGCAGUCGGGUCCGUGGGUACGGGCAUCAUGGGUAAAAUGGGAAAUAAGGGUGGCGUGGGGGUGCGGUUCGUGUUCCACAACACCAGCUUCUGCAUCGUCAACUCUCACCUGGCGGCCCACGUGGAACACUUUGAGCGCCGUAACCAGGACUACAAGGACAUCUGCGCCCGAAUGACCUUCCACCUGCUGGACUACCCCCCGCUCAGCAUCGUCAAGCACGAUGUAGUCAUUUGGCUGGGAGAUCUGAACUACCGGCUGUUCAUGUACGAUGCAACUGAAGUCAAAUGCCUCAUCUCCAAAAAUGAUCUGAAGAAGCUUCUGGAAUGUGACCAGCUCAAUGUCCAAAGGCAGACACAUCAGGCCUUCACUGACUUCAUGGAGGGAGAGAUCAAGUUUAUACCCACAUACAAGUAUGACCCCAGAACAGACCGCUGGGACUCCAGUGGGAAGUGCCGUGUCCCGGCCUGGUGCGACCGGAUCCUGUGGAGGGGCACCGGAGUGAAACAGCUGCAGUACCGGAGCCACAUGGCGCUGCAGACCAGCGACCACAAGCCCGUCAGCGCCCUCUUCAGCAUCGGGGUGAAGGUCGUGAACGAGCAGCGGCACAUGAAGGUCUUCGAGGAGAUCGUGCGCAUGAUGGACAGGAUGGAGAACGAGUUCCUGCCGUCCCUGGUGCUGACGCGAAGGGAGUUCCACUUUGAGAACGUGAAGUUCUGCCAGGUUCAGAGGGAGCGCUUUCAGAUCACCAACGACGGCCAGGCCCCCUGCCACUUCAGCUUCAUCCCCAAGCUCAACGACACCCAGUACUGCAAGCCCUGGCUGAAGGCCGAGCCCUGCCACGGCUUCCUGGAGCCCAACGAGACGCAGGAGAUCUGCCUGGAGGUGCUCGUGAACAAGGACUCCGUGACCCUGCUCAACUCGGGGGAGGACUCCAUCCAGGACAUCCUGGUGCUGCACCUGGACCAGGGCAAGGACUACUUCCUCACCGUCAGCGGCAACUACCUGCCCAGCUGCUUCGGCACGUCGCUGGAGGCGCUGUGCCGCAUGAAGAAGCCCAUCCGCGAGAUCCCCAUCACCAAGCUCAUCGACCUGGGAGAAGAAGGCUUCAUGGACCAGGAAAAGUCCCAGAUAAGCUUCCUCCUGGCGGACUCUCCCGGAACUGAAGAUAGGCCCUUGAAGAUCCCCAAGGAGGUGUGGCUUCUGGUAAACCACCUCUUCACCAAGUCCUGCCAACAGGAGGACCUCUUCCAGACACCAGGCCUGGAGGAGGAGCUGCAGCAUAUCAUUGACUGCCUGGACACCAGCAUUCCUGAAACCAUACCUGGCUGUAACCACUCAGUGGCGGAGGCCCUGCUGAUCCUGCUGGAGGCCCUGCCGGAGCCCGUGGUGUGUUACGAGCUGUACCAGCGCUGCCUGGAGGCCUCCCAUGACAGCCGCCUCUGCAGACAGCUCAUUUCCCAGCUUCCCCGGGUCCAUCGCAACGUGUUCCGUUAUCUCAUGAGUUUCCUGAGAGAGCUGCUCAAGUACUCCCACAGCAACAACCUUAACGCCAACUUCUUAGCCACUCUGUUCGCCAGCCUCCUCAUCAGGCCGCCGCCCAACGUGGCGGGCCGGCAGUCGGGCCAGGACCGGCAGAAGGCCAUCGACUUCGUCCUGGGGUUCCUGAUGGGCGGGGACGUGGAGUGAGACCGGCGGGACGCUCGCCACUCGCUGCUGCGCUCUACGGCCCGGCUCUGCGCGGGGGGGGACCGGAGCGCUUCGGGAGGGAGGUGCUCUUUGGCCCGGGGCCAGGGACACAUUCGACGCCGCGGUUGUGGUAAUGGCGAACGUGGAAAGAGGCGGCGGGUUUACUGGGAAGGGUUCCUCCCCUCCACCGCUGAUUGGCUCCCUCCGUUCCUCUCCCUUCGCUUUAAGCAAAAAGUCAUCACCGUGCUGGUUUCUCCCCUAAGUAAGCACAACUCUCAAUACAUGCCGUCUAAGCAGUUCCUCUCCGCUACUUCCUGGACCAAGAAGGACACAACCUCCUCUGUUGUACAUGGUACUGCUUUCCUGAGUGGACACGUUGACCCUACCUUUCUAUAUAAAAUCCACUUUGCUGGCUUUUUGCACCAAAAGGAUCCCCGUGUGGUAAACUUGUGACUCUCAUUGUGUGUUUUGGUCCUGGGUACAAAGAAAUGUGCAGCUUAUUGCACUAAAGACAGGCCACAGUGAGGGGGUGAUUGGACUGACUUUAAGACUUUAAGUGAUGCUGCUUGAAUGUUUCUCUUGACUAAGACUAAGGUCAAGAUGUUCUUCUCAAGUUUAAUCUAGUAUUCAGACUCAGAUUCUCUCAUUGGACCAAAAAAAACACACCUGGGAAUUUUUCCGGUUAAGCACUUUGUUCCAGGCAAUUCAGAACUUUGUAAUGAUCAGAAAUUCUACCACUGAGCUGCAAGACUUUUAUGUGAUGCCCAGGUCUGAAGAUAAUUGAUUGAUUCAAAAUUGUCAGCAGUUACAUCUGUAGUUGUAUACAUUGUAUAUUUAUUUUUAGUUCCGUUUUAGCAAACCAACUGUUUGAUCCUCCUCGUCCUGCGUUUCCUUUAUCGAUAUGAUAUAGGGAACUUAAAAUGAAGUGGAAGAAAAUAAGCUUUGUCAUUUUAUGACGAAUGCUUGAAGUAAAUAUUUGUUUUUGCUUUC